AUGUCCGACGAUGAGAUGAAUAUUGACGAGGUUGCGGCUGGCGGAGCUGUGAGGAGAAAAGGACGUGGAUUCCAGAGAGGGAAUACAGGGAAUGUAGGAGGUACAGAGCUGACGUAUGACACAGUGGAAUCAUCUCAUUCGGACACCAGGGCAGCUCGAUCUGUCGAAGGUUGGAUAGUUCUGGUCACAAAUGUUCACGAAGAAGCCACAGAAGAGGAAGUAAUGGACAAAUUCGCUGAGUUUGGCGAAAUCAAAAACCUUCAUUUGAACCUUGACCGGCGCACAGGUUAUGUCAAGGGAUAUGCUCUAGUGGAGUAUGAAACUAUGACCGAAGCUCAAGCAGCCAUCGAUGGUGCUUCAGGGACUACGCUGCUUGAACAGACGAUCCAGUGCGACUAUGCUUUUGUACGACCUCCACCCUCAGGACCGAAGAAAGGGAGAGGUGGAAAAGGAAGAAGUGCGAGUCCCAGCCGCCGUCGUUGA